CCUCACAUUGAAUGCCCCGAGGGGGGCAAAGAUCUGACCCCUCAGCCUAACCUCCGGGCAGCAGUCAACCGAAGAAGGCCAGAUGCCGAAGAAGCCCAGAUGCAGCUGUGCUGUGGUGGGUUUGACUGUAGUCUCUAGAGAAAGUACAGAUAGAAUCUGGUGAGUGAACUUGCUGACAUGAUGUUUCUGGAGAAUCUGGUGAGUGAACUUGCUGACAUGAUGUUUCUGGACCAUCAUGACCUCACUGGUCUGCUAUUAAGACAGACAUCGCUUCCAAAACAUACGUACAUGGCCGUGCACUUACCCUGUCAACAUUCCUCACAUUCUUGUGGCAAAGAAAGGGGUAUUGUUAUUUUAUACUUUCAAUAGAGAGAGGACAUUUGGAGAGGACCAUUAGACCCAAAGACAUUUUGAAUUUCUGACUGUUGGCAGAAGACUGGUGUGUUUGCAAAGCCGUUUGCCCUCAAAUGUUUUCAGAGCGGGUUUUGAUCAGUUAAAUUGUGACCGAACGGUUUGCUCAAGAACAACAACCAAAAAUGUAGAUAGUUUUUUCAGCUUGCCAAACACACUGUUGAUGAACACACUGUUGAUGAACAUACUAUUGAUGAACACACACAAGAAGAUGGAAGUGUUCUAGAUUUCUCUGUCUUAUUUUUUAUGAGAAUGAAAUCUCAGAGGAUGAAAUUCUGGUCCUGCUUGCGCACAUGUUGUGCUUGGACGGAGUCCUCGCCGGCUGCAUCCCAAAUGGCACCCUAUUCCCUAUAUAGUGCACUAGGGCACUGGUCAAAAGUAGUGAACCUAUGUAGGGAAUGGGGUGCCGUUUGGGACGUACACCCCACCCCCUAUGCUGCUUGGCCAAGAAUGGUCAUGGACCGUUUGGAAGAGGGCAUGUUCACCAUGUACUCUGCAAUCUCCAACAAAAUACCAGGAAAAACAAAAGGGAGAUCUGUCUAUCUGAGCCAGUUAGGCUAAUGCUAGUAGCAGAUGAAAGCCUGGGCACUUAUCCAUAAAUAGGAGUGAUGCUAUAGGAUCAGUUUGUCCGUUCAGAUCAUCAUUUAUAAGAUUAAAUGGACAGGUGUGGUCCUGAUCCUAGAUCAGCAGUCCUACUCUGAGACACUUUGUGGAUACGGGCCCUGAAGUUUAAUCAGAGUUUGUAAUUGUCAGAAUAUGUUAAAACCUGCUGUUUUCUUCUGACCUAUUUCUAGCUUUAAGAUUCCCGUUUUAGCUUAUCACCUCAAAUCACUCAUGUAAUUUAUAAUGAAAGAUAUUGUAUAUUAAAUUAGAUGUUAAUACAAUGUAUUUGAAAUUAGAUAAAACCCUCAUUACAUGUAUGUCAUUGUCUUAAGUGUGAGUAGAGGCUACAGUGGGGGGGGAAAGUAUUUAGUCAGCCACCAAUUGUGCAAGUUCUCCCACUUAAAAAGAUGAGAGAGGCCUGUAAUUUUCAUCAUAGGUACACGUCAACUAUGACAGACAAAUGGAGAUUUUAUUUCUCCAGAAAAUCACAUUGUAGGAUUUUUAAUGAAUUCAUUUGCAAAUUAUGGUGGAAAAUAAGUAUUUGGUCAAUAACAAAAGUUUCUCAAUACUUUGUUAUAUACCCUUUGUUGGCAAUGACACAGGUCAAUGUUUUCUGUAAGUCUUCACAAGGUUUUCACACACUGUUGCUGGUAUUUUGGCCCAUUCCUCCAUGCAGAUCUCCUCUAGAGCAGUGAUGUUUUGGGGCUGUCGCUGGGCAACACAGACUUUCAACUCCCUCCAAAGAUUUUCUAUGGGGUUGAGAUCUGGAGACUGGCUAGGCCACUCCAGGACCUUGAAAUGCUUCUUACGAAGCCACUGCUUCGUUGCCCGGGCGGUGUGUUUGGGAUCAUUGUCAUGCUGAAAGACCCAGCCAUGUUUCAUCUUCAAUGCCCUUGCUGAUGGAAGGAGGUUUUCACUCAAAAUCUCACGAUACAUGGCCCCAUUCAUUCUUUCCUUUACACGGAUCAGUCGUCCUGGUCCCUUUGCAGAAAAACAGCCCCAAAGCAUGAUGUUUCCACCCCCAUGCGUCACAGUAGGUAUGGUGUUCUUUGGAUGCAACUCAGCAUUCUUUGUCCUCCAAACACGACGAGUUGAGUUUUUACCAAAAAGUUCUAUUUUGGUUUCAUCUGACCAUAUGACAUUCUCCCAAUCCUCUUCUGGAUCAUCCGAAUGCACUCUAGCAAACUUCAGACGGGCCUGGACAUGUACUGGCUUAAGCAGGGGAACACGUCUGGCACUGCAGGAUUUGAGUCCCUGGCGGCGUAGUGUGUUACUUAUGGUAGGCUUUGUUACUUUGGUCCCAGCUCUCUGCAGGUCAUUCACUAGGUCCCCCCGUGUGGUUCUGGGAUUUUUGCUCACCGUUCUUGUGAUCAUUUUGACCACACGGGGUGAGAUCUUGCGUGGAGCCCCAGAUCGAGGGAGAUUAUCAGUGGUCUUCCAUUUCCUAAUAAUUGCUCCCACAGUUGAUUUCUUCAAACCAAGCUGCUUACCUAUUGCAGAUUCAGUCUUCCCAGCCUGGUGCAGGUCUACAAUGUUGUUUCUGGUGUCCUUUGACAGCUCUUUGGUCUUGGCCAUAGUGGAGUUUGGAGUGUGACUGUUUGAGGUUGUGGACAGGUGUCUUUUAUACUGAUAACAAGUUCAAACAGGUGCCAUUAAUACAGGUAACGAGUGGAGGACAGAGGAGCCUCUUAAAGAAGUUACAGGUCUGUGAGAGCCAGACAUCUUGCUUGUUUGUAGGUGACCAAAUACUUAUUUUCCACCAUAAUUUGCAAAUAAAUUCAUUAAAAAUCCUACAAUGUGAUUAUCUGGAGAAAAAAAAUCUCCAUUUGUCUGUCAUAGUUGACGUGUACCUAUGAUGAAAAUUACAGGCCUCUCAUCUUUUUAAGUGGGAGAACUUGCACAAUUGGUGGCUGACUAAAUACUUUUUUUCCCCACUGUAUUUUGACUGGCAACUGAUCUGAUCCAAGACACAAACUGAUCUGAUCCAAGACACAAACUGAUCUGAUCCCAGACACAAACUGAUCUGAUCCCAGACACAAACUGAUCUCAUCUGGUCCCCAUGGAUUUCCUAUGUCCACACAGGCUACACACGUCUUUGCUCAGUCCCAAAAGCGAACUCAUUCCUCCUCCAUGCACUGGCAAUAGCAGCAGCCACUACCCACUCUCUUGGCAUGCGGCGUCAUAUUCAAAUGAAAAAGCCAACUGUCUCCUCAGAAUUCACCCAGCAGAGAGCUAAAAGAGACAUUUGGUACCUUUUUGAGUUAUUAUUUUCGACCGACAUAUCUUCAAUUUUCAAGACAAAUUAUAGCAUGUUCCUCUAGUCUGGUUUUCUCUUUCUUGGCAUAAGUGUUGGUUCUGAGAGCCAAAAAUAAGAGCGACACUGUCCGUUUUAUACCCACCCUCAAUGGUGUGGCAACAUUCUUUCGACCACUCUAAGUUAUUUAUACAGGUUAUGCCUGUGUGCACAGUGUUUUAUUUCAAUGGCGCCUUGUCAGUCAAAUUUUGGAUGUGGAAGAAAUUGAUUAAAAAAGGCUGAUCUUUGAAACGUCAAUUGACUCAUGAUUCUAUGUUGCCAUUAGGUUUCCGUCAGUUCACAGGUUUCUGCCUAGUCUUGAAAAGACGUUGAUUGGUAAAGGAGAAAGAGCGGAGCCUCCUUCCCUAACGAAGAGGAGUCCGUCGUCCACAACAACCCCCUGUUGGCACAACAUCAGGCCUGGGAUUUGUAGCUCUCUCAGGUCCAGGGGACAGCUAAGGGAGGAAUGUAGUUAGAAUGGCCAUCAAACUCAAAUAUAGUAGUUAGUGACAACAUCUGGAGAGGGUGAAGUGUGUUCCUUGUGUAGCGCCCCGAGGGAGUCAUCAUUCAGCAUCCUGCAAGUCCCGGGCUGCUGCGAGGGGGCAGAGCGCUAGGGGUGAACGGGAAAGAUGGAAGGAGAUCACUUCUUGCUCUCGUAAAUCAAAGGGAAAGAUUUGCACCUCGAACUGCAGAGCAGACUUCCGUAUUGACUCCGGGGAAGAGGCUUGGACGGUGGAGAGCAAGAGAGAGUGGCCCCAGCCCAACACUUCACAUGUCUCUGCUAGAGGAUUCCGAUGAUUGGUCAUAAUUUGAAGUAGUCAUGGCCAAAAUGCCUUGUGAAAUAAGAGUAAUUGCAUGGUUUCCUGGACCUAAAUGAUAGCCAUCCAACUCCAAAUACCCCCUUGGACUUUUUUGUUACUCAAUUAAGUUCCUCCUGAAGUGAACUGACAACCUUUCUGAAAACUGCCUAUUCACUCUAAACACACUAUAUUAUUACAGUUAGAAUGAUGGUAGUUAUACUGUAGAAGUUGUAGUCACAGCAUAAGAGUCUGUAGGCUCCAGUAAUUAAGGCAUGAGACCGGAACCAAAGUUAUGACUGUUGUGUCAGUUGAUUCUCCUCGUAACUAUAGAACCCCUAUAUAAUAAAAAAAACUUCUGGAGAGUAGGCUUAUAUUUGAAUCAUAGAGGUGGGUUUCUUUUUGGUUUAAACAGUAAACAUUGUUUCAUUGCGGUCAGUAGUACAAAUGUGCAUUGUCGCAGUGUACUAACCCUGGGAACCCAGUAACUGGAGGAAUUGAAUCAGGCCCCAUAUCUUAUCUGCAAGCCAGAUAAGCUUACUUGUCACGUUGCUACAGAUGUAGGAUCUUAAUUUGAAACAGUUUGCUACAGCAGGAAAAUAAUCCUACAGCAACAGGAAAUGUGAAUUAUUAUGUGGAUUAUAAUUAAUGGACAUUUUUGUAGGGGUUCAAAGUGGAAUUUCAGAAGCCUUUUUAAACCUAAAAUGCACUACAAGUAAAAAAUGUAUUGCGUUGCAUGAAAGUUCCCCUGCAACAGGGUGAUCAAAUUUAAGAUCCUACAUCUGUAUGUAAGCUAAUUAACUAGUUAGCAAUGAUGCUAUACUUGGGUAAUAAGAUAAGGUCAUUUUGAUGAAUGGAAGAUGUUGUCCAAGUUAGUUUGCCUAAGUGCUGUGGAGUGUCUUUUUUUCAUUACAUCUUGUACCAAUAGUCCUUUUAGUCUUAUAUCCAACUUAGUACUGCAGAUUUAUUGUUUGCAUACAUUUAUUUUUAAGAGCAGAACUUCUGUUGCCGAAACGGUUUACAAAUUCAACAUUCAUGACAUUACAUUUUUUAAAAAUACUAAAGACCAAAACAUCUCUCAAUAGAGUUUACAAAUGUCAGUUUGUGCCGUUUCAGUAGAGGAAGUGUUUACAUUUCCCCCCACAAAUAAAUUACAAAAUAAUACAUCUACAUGUUGGGAACUUAGAGGCUGACCGUAUGUUUAGAAAACACUGUUGUAUGAACUCAGUGAAAUUAGACGUUUCAGAAAACAAAUGAAUGGGCUGCGUCUGAAAUGGCACCCUGUUCCCUAUGAGGUGACUACUUUAGAGCAGGGCCCAUAGAGCUCUGCUCAAAUUAGUUUACUAUUUAGGAAAUAGGGUGCCAUUUCAGACACACCCAUGCGGCAACUGCUUUAGAAGGAGUUGAGAUUGUCUGGAUGAAUGUAGAGUUCAGCCUAGAUGUCAGAAUUUGAGAGAGGACACCGUGCACAGUACAGCCCGGCUUCACAGCACUUAAAAAUUGUUUAGAGAAUGAACAAGCAACAUUUUGUUUAUGGAUCGGUUUGGUCAGACUCAUUACUCCCUGGUAUAGCAGGCCUAUACGAUUUUCUGGCCAUGUAAUUCAGGCCUAUGCUUGGCUAUACAAACCAAGUAGUUGAAGGUAAAGUACAGUUAAAGUGUUAUGAUCUAAAGAAGAGCUAGUUUUUAAAAAUCUCUCUGAAGGAUAGGCCUCAACCUGUGAUCAUGGGUUCUAAAUACCAUUUCUCACAUCCUCGAAUGAUGAUCGCAUGCCAAACAUACCAGCCUCUCUGACAGUGGCCCAGUGUUCCAGCCAGCAGCGUUCAUACAGUACUACGGCUAUAAAUGACAGGCCCAGACGCAGGAGGUCUGUCCGCGACACAUUACGUUGUUUGUUUUGUCCCCUCUGUGUGUCCUGUCCUGUCGGGGUCUAGGGUCGUUACCCGCUAGUCAGAAUAACCAUGACUCCAGUAGCCAGGUGACUGAGCCUGGCUGGCUGUCGUCUCAGUCUGUGACAUCAGAGGGGUGUUGUGGAAAGAAGUGUGCCACUAGAACGUGUAGGCUCUUUCCUCACUGUCUGCCCCCGCUGUGACAUCACUGCCUGGGCGUCUGAUCGCCGAGAUUAAAAGAAGCACAUUAACACCUCAAGGCACCAAACAUCAACAUACAUGCAGGUCCCCAACACACACACCCUCUCUCUCUCUCUCACUCUGUUUUUCUGUGUGCUCUUUCUCACAUGCACUCUUUCUCUCAUCUCACCCUCUCCUCCCUCCCCCUUCCCCUCUCUCUCCCUCUCAUUCAUUCAUUCAUUCAUUCAUUCAUUCAUUAUCACAGUAGAGUACCAUUCACACAGAAGAUCUAGAUCACAACAUUUUGAAAAAUCUGCAGUAUUUUGUGUACUGCCUCCAUUCACAGUCGCACUGCCUUACUCCACACCAAUUUGCCUAUUUGGCCUCAUUCAUACCGAUCAAGGGAAGGCCAGCCGUGUUUAUGCUUGCCUUGCACAUCACCUCUCCAGUCAAUAGCAUAACAAGUCAGCAAAGCUUUUACAUUAUUUCAUGUCAGAAACUGUGAAUUUCCAUAAAUAUGUCAAAGCAAACAUGAACCAUUGAAAGAACAAAGAAGUUCGUUUCUUUCUCUCUGUCCAAUCUGCAGUUGUUACAUCCAUUUUUAGACUUACACAUUUAUGAUAUGUACCCAUUUGAUUUUGAGGAAUAUAAGUUAGUAAUGCCUCAUGAGCGUAGUUAACUUUUGAUAUCAAGGAUGGUCAGUCCAUGCAAUCAUUGCUUUGUCUAUGAAUCUAUCCCCAUUCCAGUAUGAAAAUGUAUGCACUCACUAACUGUAAGUCGCUCUGGAUAAGAGUGUCUACUAAAUGACUUAAAUGUAAAUGUGAAUUCCUCAACCUUUUACCGAAACGGGCAGGGAGAAUGCUUUGUCAUUGUUUCAACUGCAGAUGGCCCACUGUAGCUUAUAGAAUGCGUUGGAAGAUUCUCCUUCACACCCAAGGCCUGCAUGUGGAAUUUGACUUAGUAUGGGAACAGUGUUGGAACACUUUGAUUCGUGAUCUAUACCCCCCACUUCAUUCACCCCACAAAGAUGACAAUUUCUUCUCAGGUCUUACCUGGUUCCAGUCAAUUUAUGUUAGGUUUCACCAAUUAUCUCACAUAUGGUCCCCCUCCCUCUGUUUCUGCUUAGCUCUCAGCACUGUCUCUCUUACCGUGCCUUUAAGCUAAGUGAUCAAUUACGAUAAGGAUUAGCAUUAAGAUAAGAAGCUGAAUAGGUCAGUUAUGGACAAGAUAUAGUGGAGGGUUAGUGUAUCGCGACCUCUCUGCUCCACCUACACAAGGGUUUCAUGCCUUAUAGCACCAUGUAGCCUUGGCCCUGUCAGUCAGUCAGAGAUGAGAGAGGACUGGGGAUGAUGGUUGUCCUGACACAGAUUGACUUGCUCUCGUCGCAUAUGAACCGGUCUCACAACUUGAUCUGCUCUUUUCCCUUUCAUGUUGUGAUUUUUACUGUUAGUCAUUAACAUGUUCUGUGUGAUUUGUUAGUCAUGUCUUGGGUGUGGGAAAUGUUCCUCAGGGUUUCCUAUCCAUCUCCAUAAUGUCUUUCUCUUUUAAUUCAAUUCAAUUUAAGAACUUUAUUGGCAUGGGAAACGUAUCUCUCUCCCUUUGACUCGCUCGCUCGCUCUUUCUCAAAUCAAAUCAAAUGUGCUUUACUGGUAUGGGAAACAUUUGUUUACAUUGGCAAAGCAAGUGAAAUAAACAAAACUCAGAAGAAAGUAAUUUAACAACAACAAAAAACUAUUAGAAAGGAACAGUAAACAUUGCACUCAAUGUUUCUCUCUCUCUCCUCUCUCAUAUAUUCUGUGUGAGUACUCUCUCCUGUCUUCCCAUGGCCACUUGGCCAGCCAACAGGCUUUAUCCCUUACCUGUCAUCAGCUGAUACCUUGAAAGAGCAGGGCCAGAACCUGCUUCACUAGAGACAGUACGCUCUGUCCUUAAGUUCAUUUAGACUUCAUCCAAAUCUCAACUGACACUGUUUAUGGAUGCUUCGAUGUUUAUCUCUUUUAAGGGCACUACAUUCAACAGAGUUUUGAUGUUUAUCUCUUUAAGGGCACUACAUUCUACAGAGUUUUGAUGUUUAUGUCUUUAAGGGCACUACAUUCUACAGAGUGUUGAUGUUUAUCUCUUUAAGGGCACUACAUUCAACAGAGUUUUGAUGUGUUGUAUUCUGUAUCCUCUCUUGGCAAAGUACCAAGGUUCAUUUCAGUGUGCAGACAGAUACUGAAUUGAAGUAGUAAGUAGACCUGCUACUGUGCUUUGCAAGCAUCGUUGUGCUUGAAUAAUACAAGGUUAUAUCCACUUAUUUGAGCCACUUGUUUUUCUCAUUGAAACCCUCCUUGCCCAGAGGUAUACUUUCCCUUCGCAGUCUCCAUCCAGUCUCAAGGCUGAAGUUGAAGAAUUCAGCCUAGUUUUUCCUCCUUUCUUUUUCAUUGGGAACAUUUACAAUAUGUUGGAUGUGGCUGGCUCUGGCUCUGGCGCGGCGCAGAGCAGAAAGAGAGGGGUUUCCUUGUUAAACUGGGAGCCCAUCAUUCAUCCUGCUGGAUCUGUUGGCCAUGCAGCAGGCGCUGUAGUGGAUAAUUCCCUCAGAUCACAUCCAUUCACUUUGUGUUUGUCACUGUGACCAGACGGGUUUCUGGCUGCGUCUGAAAUCGCACCCUCUUCCCUAUGUAGUGCACUACUUUUGAUCAGGGCCCAUAGGGCUUUGGUCAAAAGUAGUGCACUAUAUAGGGAAUAAAUAGGGUGCCAUUUCAGACAUACCUUCUGUCUUACUAAUGAUGAGGCAGAGCUUCAGAUGAUUUUUACAUGUUGGUUGUUAUUUCCUCUGCAUUCUGUCCCGAUUUAACUAUUCUCCCAAUUAACCAGGAUACGCAUGAAUUAACUGUUUAAUAACUAAAUGUAGUAAGUUUCUGUAGAAGACAAGAAGCCAGACAGACAGCGGGGCUAUGCCAGAGUAUAUCCAAGUUAACUAACUGACUAUUAAUUACUAUGUUUUUAACUUCCUGUAGAGGAAAAUAAGCCAGUGACUGCUAACUACUGUGUCCCUAUAGAGGAAAAGAAGCCGGGUAGCGAGGCGGUGGCGGAAUAUCUGGAGGGCAAGAAGAAAUAUGAAGACCUGAAGAAACAGAAACUGAAGAAGGGAUCCAGCAGAGAGGCACAGGUAACAGACAGGUGUCAUUACUCAAAACUGAGCCAUUCAUAUCCGGUGUCAUUAACUCUCUACACUCAAUCAUUCAAUGAGGUUAGUAGGAGCUUACUGUAUAUCAGGGUGUUGAUUACGUUAAUGAUGAUGUCUUUCAGUCAAAUACAUAUAGAUGACCUUGCACUGUCUAUUUUCUUGAUACGACCGGGGGUUGAGGUGAAAGAUUUGUGUUAGUGACCCAAUGAUUUUUAACCUGAUUGUCCCGUAGACGAUGGCGCUGCUGGACCGUUUCAAGUCCAAGCUGUCUUCGGCCAUCACUGAGACUUCCCAGGACCCUGAGGAGGACCCUGAGGAGCUGGCAGAGGACGACGACAAAGGAUGGUACGUUGUGGUUACAUUUUUUUAUUGAACUUUUGUUUAUCCCGAUUUUAGUGCACUACUUUUGACGAGGGCCCAUGCAUCCUAUUCCCUAUAUAGUGCACUGAAUAGGGAGUAGGGUGCCAUUGGGAUGUAACCUACUACCAGUUCUAGUGGGCCAGCCAGAGCAGCCCAUCCACCAUCCAUCCGCCCCCUGUCCUGUAACACAUCUGUUAUGUCUGUGUUAAUGGCCAGUCAUCACAACAUAGGAACUGCUCCUUAAUGACUUGACACACUGCUGAACUUUCUACAGUGAGUCAACACACUCUGACUGACUAACUGCUCUAGAUUAGAUAGAUGUAGCGAUGGUCUGGGUGCCAGCCUUCGCUUUGAGUUUCAUUACUCUCAGAGAAACACAGACUGCCAGACAAUUAAACAGGGGCAUGUUGUUUCUCUCUCUUAUUUAGAUGUAUUUUGUUUCCUCGUCAUAGUAGGGGGGUGUGUGUGUGUGUGUGUGUGUGUGUUAAGCUGUGUUGUAAAGGCCAUUCCCAUUCCUGAGCACAGCGCUACACUAACAGUGGAUAACAAAGGAGCGGGGUGAAUAAUGCCCUGUCAGCUGCGGGGCUGAGCUCUGCAUCACCGUCACCGCUCAGUACAACAGGCAAAUAUUAGGUCUAGUGGCUCUCAUUACGCACCACUUAAUACUGCUACUACCUAAAACUAAAAACAGGACUGGGAAGUUAUCAGUGUUGUGUCUCUACCUAGGCCUAUAGCAGGACUGAAGGGUUUGUCAUUCCUAAUGUGUGUUUUCACACAACACAACCUUGGGUUGCCACUGUGUAAGAAACUUGCAUAUACAUAGAAAACACACUUGGAUUGUAAGUAUGUGGUCCUCUGUAGCUCAGCUGGUAGAGCACGGCGCUUGUAACGCCAAGGUAGUGGGUUCGAUCCCCGGGACCACUCAUACACAAAAAAAAAAUGUAUGCACGCAUGACUGUAAGUCGCUUUGGAUAAAAGCGUCUGCUAAAUGGCAUAUUAUAUUAUUAUAUUAUAAGUAUAGGAUGUAUAGGGACGUUUCUGUACAGGAUGAGGAUAUAGAAUGUGAUGUACACUACAGUGAGGAGGACACAUGCUGUUCAGGACUGUAGUCUGUUGGCUCACACCACUCCUUCUGUCAGACAAAUCCGAUUCAUAUGGAAUUCUCCCCCAGCCAGUCACAUUUAUGGCCUAUUUCUGUUAGGUUUUUCAAUUUGAUGUUUCUCCUCUCUGCUGGUGUGUGUGAGAGAGAGCGAGAGGGGCCUUGUGGAGCUGGUGUUGCUGAAAGUUAAAACACCAAUACUUCAGAUAUAACAAUGUAUUGAAGACCAUGACGACAGCAGUGUGUUUGCAUAGCCUGGUGUCUCUGCCCAGACAGAGGAACCAUCAGAAAAUCAGCUGUGACCAUAGAAAUAGAAUGAAUAGAACGGGCGUCCCCAUUCAAGUCAAUAAUGGGUGGAUUGGCGGCCAUUGCAAGUCUACCCAUAGGAGCAAAGCAGGAAGUGUACCCAUCAAUCUGUGCUGUGAUUUGUUGAAUCAAUUCAACUGACAUUACAAAAAAUACUUUCCAUUGCAUGAGCCACAUCAGUUAGCAGGGCUCUGGUCAAAGGUAGUGCACUAUCUAGGGAAUAGGGUGUAAUUUGGACCGUAGUCCUAGUCUAGAACAACACCCCGCCAGCCAGUAGAGUAGAUGUCUGUGCCACUCUGAGAGCGCUGGUACAGGAACUACAGCGUUAUUACAGGUCAGACUAACCAAGUCAAGUCAGGGGACUAUAAACUAUUCCAUCUGUGUCUGGGUCUACAAACUCUACUUUAUAGAUCGCUCUGCUAACACACACACCAUUCUUAUAACACACACACAGACACAUACACAGGCUCGCAGACAUAGAUGUCAGUCUCUCCCUCUCUCAGAAGCCAGCCAGAGAGCCCCUCUCGCCCCACCUCUCCCUCUUUCCUCCCUCUUUUCAAAAAGUGAAAGAAAAACAAAUAGUGGAAAGUCUUGUGGGGCUUCUGGGUAGAGAGUGGGUUUGAUAAGCAGACUGUGGAGCUCUGAACGGUGGGAGGCCAGAGCCUGACACACACACACACAUACAUACAUACAUACAUACAUACAUACAUACAUACAUACAUACAUACAUACAUACAUACAUACAUACAUACAUACAUACAUACAUACAUACAUACAUACAUACAUACACUGUUUUUGAGUAAGUCUGGGCGAUGAGGCUGUGUGCCUGUCAUCACUGAGGCUGCUAGAUAAAUGAUGGUAGUGGUUAGCCUAACCCUAACCCUGGCACAGCAGGAGUCCUGUCUGCCAGAGUAGAGCCAUGACAUCCUAGAUGAGCUGUUACUACUACUACUGCCCAGUUCAGAUGAACACAGGAGGGGGACUGCAGAGCACACGCACACGCACACGCAUAACGCUUCAACGAAGCAGACUAAAAGGCAGACACACACACACACACAGAGAAAAGCCAGCUGACAGAAAUACACUCGUACUUAGCUUCGCACACAAACUCAAGACGCACACUCAGACACACUCCAUCCAACACACAUACAAGGAGGACAAACAUUUGAAUAUGAUCUUAGUGGCUGAUUAAAGGGGUUCUGACAGCAUACAGCACAACUCAUAUGGCAAUACCCCCCCAAAUUAAAUAACUACCUGUAAUACCCCCCUACUCCCCAAAUUAAAUAACUACCUGUAAUACCCCCCUACUCCCCAAAAUGAAAUAACUACCUGUAAUACCCCCCACCCCCCCAAAUUAAAUAACUACCUGUAAUACCCCCCCCCACCCCCCCCCCAAUUAAAUAACUACCUGUAAUAACCCCCCCACCCCUACCCAAAUUAAAUAACUACCUGUAAUACCCCCCCCUACCCCCCAAAUUAAAUAACUACCUGUAAUACCCCCCUACCCCCCAAAUUAAAUAACUACCUGUAAUACCCCCCUACCCCACCAAAUUAAAUAACUACCUGUAAUACCCCCUACCCCCUCCCCAAAUUAAAUAACUACCUGUAAUACCCCCCACCCCCCCCCAAAUUAAAUAACUACCUGUAAUACCCCCCACCCUCCCCAAAUUAAAUAACUACCUGUAAUACCCCCCUACCCCCCAAAUUAAAUAACUACCUGUAAUACCCCCCCACCCCCCAAAUUAAAUAACUACCUGUAAUACCCCCCACCCACCCUCCCAAAUAAAAUAACUACCUGUUAUACCCCCCACCCUCCCCAAAUGAAAUAACUACCUGUAAUACCCCCCACCCACCCUCCCAAAUAAAAUAACUAUCUGUAAUAGUAGUACAUCACUGUAUUAAUGCAAACCGUCAGAGAUUGGGGCCUGAAGCUCUUCGUCUGGUUUGAUUUGGUUUCCAUCUCUCGUCUUCUGUGAAUUGGUGAGAGCAUCUUCCCUUUUUAUCUUGUUUUUAAUUAACCCGGGGUUGCAGCUCGGUGACCCCUGGGUAACGCAAGGCCUUCAUCAGAACCCUCCAAACAGGUGUGUCGUGUCACUGUCGGAGCAUUAUGCAUGUGGUGCAAAUCCCUCUGCGCUGGGUAGAUGUGUCCGCCUGAUGGACACCGGUGACCUGCCCCUCUCCGCUGUCUUUACCUGUCUUUUAUUUUAUUUUUUAUUUCACCUUUAUUUAACCAGGUAAACCAGUUGAGAACAAGUUCUCAUUUACAACUGCGACCUGGCCAAGAUAAAGCAAAGCAGUGCGAUAAAAACAACAACACAGAGUUACAUAUGGGGUAAAACAAAACAAAGUCAAAAAUACAACAGAAAUACAUAUAUAUACAGUGUGUGCAAAUGUAGCAAGUUAUGGAGGUAAGGCAAUAAAUAGGCUAUAGUGCAAAAUAAUUACAAUUAGUAUUAACACUGGAAUGAUAGAUGUGCAAGAGAUGAUGUGCAAAUAGAGAUACUGGGGUACAAAUGAGCAAAAUAAAUAACAAUAUAGGGAUGAGGUAGUUGGGCGGGCUAAUUUCAGAUGGGCUGUGUACAGGUGCAGUGAUCGGUAAGGUGCUCUGACAACUGAUGCUUAAAGUUAGUGAGGGAGAUAAGUGUCUCCCUGUGGAGUUCCUGCUCUUGCUCCCUUCUGUAGCUAUACGCUAUUAGAUUGAUGUUAACUGUUUUGACUGACAGGCUUGGCCUAUUAGGUAACGCGUUGGAGUUUUUCGGUCAGUGUGUUCUAAGAGAGUCAGGUUGAUAGAGGUGAAAUCAUUAAGAAAGUUGCUUUUUUAAACCAAACCGACGGUUUGACUGACAGAUGUUAUAAGAUACGUGUUCUCCAGAAGAAGAAAGUGAUGUUGGGUGGAUGAUGUGUGAGGCUAGGGGAAACUAGGCCACUGUGAGUGAUUAGACGGACUGACUAAGCAGAGGAAAACAAAGCUUGAUGAACGCGACAGCUAAAUCUAUGUCUGUGUUAUUGCUGUGGUUUCAUUCAUCUUCCUGAAAGGUGGCUGGCUGUUAACCAAUCAGUCCCUGCUUUGGUCAAGACCUCUUUAAAAAAAAGAAAAAAAGAAGACAUUUCAGUCCCUUUGCUUCUCUUCCAUUUCCUUUCCUCUCUAACCCUGUGAUCUUCUCUAUCUCAAGGCCAUCAGACUGUUAAACAGCCAUCACUAGCACAUUAGAGGCAGCUGCCUAUAGACAUAGACAUUCCCUUUCCUCUCUAACCCUGUGAUCUUCUCUCUAAAAUCUGUGUAUAAAAAGUCUAUAGAAGUAUUUCUGUAAGCGGUGUCAAUUGAAAGAAACAUCAUGCACAACAACAUACAAUAUUUGUUGGUCAGACGCUGCACUUGAUGAAUUUAUGAAAUUGUUGAUAAAAUGCCACCUGUUAAGAAACUGACUGUUAGAACUGUUAAGGCUCCAUGGAUUGAUAAAGAAUUGAACAACAGUAUGGUUGAAAGAGAUGGGGCAAAAGGAGUGGCUAGUAAGUCUGGCUGCACAUCUGACUGGCUGACUUAUUGCAAAUUGAGAAAUUGUGACAAAACGAAGAAGAAACUGUAUUAUGAAGCCAAGAUCAAUGAUAUAAAGAAUGAUGGAAAAAAUUUAAUGUGUGUCCAUGUAUGCAGAUGAUUCAACCAUAUAAGCAUCAGCAACCACAGCUAAUGAAACCCUUAACAAAGAGUUGCAGUCUGUUUUGGAAUGGGUGGCCAGUAAUAAACUGGUCCUGAACAUCUCUAAAACUAAGCAUUAUAUUUUGGUACAAAUCAUACCGUAAGUUCUAAACCUCAGCUGAAUCUGGUAAUGAAUGGUGUGGCUGUUGAAUAAGUUGAGGAGACUAAAUUACUUGGGGAGAGGUCUGUCCGUAAUAAAGGGAUGAUCUGCUUUUUUGACGCCACACUCCACAAAGUAAGAUCUGCAGGCUCUAAUUUGAUCUUAUCUUGAUUAUUGUCCAAUCAUAUGGUCAAGUGCUGCAAAGAUAUACACUACCGUUCAAAAGUUUGGGGUCACUUAGAAAUGUCCUUGUUUUCGAAAUAUUUUUUUUUAUUUUGUACAUUAAAAUAACAUCCAAUUGAUCAGAAAUACAGUGUAGACAUUGUUAAUGUUGUAAAUGGCUAUUGUAGCUGGAAACUGCAGAUUUUUUAUGGAAUAUCUACAUAGGCGUACAGAGGCCCAUUAUCAGCAACCAUCAGUCCUGUGUUCCAAUGGCACGUUGUUCAUUAGAAAACCCUUUUGCAAUUAUGUUAGUCCUGCUGAAAACUGUUGUGCUGAUUAAAGAAGCAAUAAAAAUGCCUUCUUGAGACUAGUUGAGUAUCUGAGCGUCAGCAAUUGUGGGUUCGAUUACAGGCUCAAAAUGGCCAGAAACAAAGAACUUUCUUCUGAAACUCGUCAGUCUAUUCUUGUUCUGAGAAAUGAAGGCUAUUCCAUUCGAAAAAUUGCCAAGAAACGGAAGAUCUCGUACAACGCUGUGUACUACUCCCUUCACAGGACAGCGCAAACUGGCUCUAACCAGAAUAGAAAGAGGAGUGGGAGGCCCUGGUGCACAACUGAGCAAGAGGACAAAUACAUUAGAGUGUCUAGUUUGAGAAAAAGACGCCUCACAGGUCCUCAACUGGCAGCUUCAUCAAAUAGUACCCACAACACCAAUCUCAACGUCAACAGUGAAGAGGCGACUCCGGGAUGCUGAACUUCUAGGCAGAGUUGCAAAGAAAAAGCCAUAUCUCAGACUGGCCAAUAAAAAGAAAAGAUUAAGAUGGGCAAAAGAACACAGACACUGGACAGAGGAAGAUUGGAAGAAAGUGUUAUGGACAGACAAAUCGAAGCUUGAGGUGUUCGGAUCACAAAGACGAACAUUUGUGAGACGCAGACCAAAUGAAAAGAUGCUGGAGUAGUGCUUGAUGCCAUCUGUCAAGCAUGGUGGAGGCAAUGUGAUGGUCUGGGGGUGCUUUGGUGGUGGGAGAUUUGUACAGGGUAAAAUGGAUCUUGACGAAGGAAGGCUAUCAUUCCAUUUUGCAACGCCAUGCCAUACCCUGUGGACGGCGCUUGAUUGGAGCCAAUUUCCUCCUACAACAGGACAAUGACCCAAAGCACAGCUCCAAACUAUGCAAGAACUAUUUAGGGAAGAAGCAGUCAGCUGGUAUUCUGUCUCUAAUGGAGUGGCCAGCACAGUCACCGGAUCUCAACCCUAUUGAGCUGUUGUGGGAGCAGCUUGACCGUAUGGUACGUAAGAAGUGCCCAUCAAGCCAAUCCAACUUGUGGCAGGUGCUUGAGGAAGCAUGGGGUGAAAUCUCUUCAGAUUACCUCAACAAAUUGACAACUAGAAUGCCAAAGGUCUGCAAGGCUGUAAUUGCUGCAAAUUGAGGAUUAUUUGACAAAAGCAAAGUUUGAAGGACACAAUUAUUAUUUAUAUUAGAAAUCAUUAUUUCUAACCUUGUCAAUGACUACAUUUCCUAUGCAUUUUGCUAUAUUUCCUAUUCAAACUAAUUUCAUGUAUGUUUUCAUGGAAAACGAGGAAAUUUCUAAGUGACCCCAAACUUUUGAACGGUAGUGUACCUAGUUAUGCUGCAGCUGGCCCAGAACAGAGCUGCACGUAUUGCUCUUCAUUGUAAUCAGAAGGAUAAUAUUAAUACUAUGUAUGCCAGUCUCUCUUGGCUAAGAGUUGAGGAAAGACUGACUGCGUCACUUCUUGUUUUUAUAAGAAACAUCAAUAUGUUGGAAAUUCCUAAUUGUUUGCCUAGUCAAUUUACACACAGCACUGACACACACACUUACACCACCAGGGGUCUUUUCACAGUCCCCAGGUCCAGAACAAAUUCAAGGAAAUGUACAGUAUUAUACAGAGCCAUGAGUGCAUGGAACUCCCUUCCAUCUCAUAUAGGGCAAGUGAACCGCAAACCUGGUUUCAAAAAACAAAUAAGACAACGGCACAACGCCUCUCCCCCAUGUGACCUACUUUUUCUGUGUAUGUACAGUAUGUGUAACUGAUAGAUGCACACACAAACUACAUGUUAAUGUUUUUAAAUGUAUGUAAAUGGUAAAGUAUUUUGUCUGUAAUGUAUUUUUCGUUAUGUGUUGGACCCCAGGAAGACUAGCUGUCACCAUUCGUGUCGGCUAAUGGCAUCUUAAUAAAUUACAUCAAAAUCUCCUCUUCCAUUACCUUCUCUCUUCUCUGCUCCUCUCUAACCCUUUCCUCCUGUAUUCUAAUCUCUUUUCCUUUAUUUACUAACCUCUGAUCCUAAAGGAUGGCAGUUCAGUUCCAUCACGGCUGUCUGCUGUAAAGCUGGCUGUAAAGCUGGCUUCCUCAGAUUCGGCCAUUCUCCCUCUCUUUCUCUGCUGUGAAGGUGCUGCUUGCAGCCAGUCCCCAAAGGACAACAGGAAAGCCAAUCAUGCUUCCAAAUGCAUAUCAGUCAACUUCCUUCUCUUUUUCCUAUUCCUCUUCAUCAUCUACCCCCUCACCUUCCUCUUCAUCCUCCUCCUGCUCCUCUUCCUCCCUAAGAGAACAGAACAUUUCGACCCCAUAUUUUGUACGCGUUAUUCUUGUUAAGCACACUUGUGUGAUAAGCACACUGGUUACUGUGUUGCGCUGUGUAAAAGGUGUAGUCUAUUCCUUUACAGCAAUACAGUGCCUUCUCUAACCACCAUGGCUCCUUGAUGACAUAACACCUGCUUCAGAGGAAUGCCAUUGUUUCUUAAUUGAUGAUGAAGGGACCGAUGGAGAGCGGGAAAGUUCCAUAUCACUAGGGAAAUCAAAGACGCAUCCCUUUUUGUUGUGAUUAUUGAUGUUUAUUGUGGACAUUGGUGCUUGGUUUGAUUGAAUCUGCCUUUUUCUAAUGUAUGUAGGGAAAGUUAGAAUGGUAUGAGUCAGUAGAAACCUGGCCAUGUUUUUGCAACUUUCACCAUGUUGGAUCUGUGUGUAAAGGUCUCAGUAAAACAGGGUGUAGUCUGUUGGUAGUAAGUCGUUAACCUACUGGUAUGUGAUUUGCUGAGCUGUUCUUUCAACCUCCUCUCUCUCUGAUUUAGGAUGGCCCAUGUUCUCCAGUUUGAUGAGCAAACCAGAAAAGUCAAGGAUGCCAACAUGCAGGAUGAAGACACGUUUGAGAUCUAUGAUCCACGCAACCCUGUCAACAAACGGCGGAGAGAGGAGAGCAAGAAGAUCAUGAUGGAGAAGAAAGCCAAGAAGUAAGGGGUCAGGGGUCAGGCCUGGAGGUUAACCCCGGCCAAGUGACAGACCAGGCCUCACUCCUCUCUUCCACUCUAACCCACCACUUCAAAACAACUGUCUCUCCUUCCUGUUGAACUGAGUGAACUUUGAACCCUGGAAUGCCAUGAAGGACCAAAACAGCUGUUAUUGAGAAGCUGUUGGCCUCCAUUCACAUCUGGACUGAUGUAGCUAACACAGGGCUAACGUGACUCCAGCCCAUCACGAUAAUCCCUGAUAAAAGGGAAAAUCACGUGACCUGACAGCUAUAGCUAAUGUAAAGCUCUCUGUCAUCAAGACAUAGAAGGAUACUAUCAUUUUGAACUGGAAUCUGAACCCACAUUUCCAAUAAUGAAUUUUUAUCGUUCUACAGUAAUGUAUGUUUAUGUUGUGAUUGAGUGAGUAUUGGAAAGGAAAGGUUGUGAAAUGUUGAGAAAUGACCAGGUACCCAGGUAAAGUAGUAAGGUUGAUGGAUGAUGUUACAAGUCAUUGAUGUCAACAUGUCUGAUGAGCAAUGUAUUGAACAUGUACUGAUAAUAAAUGACCUUUCUCAUAAGA